CCGACGUUGGCGGCCUACGGCAAAGGUCUUUCAUUGUGCCUCGACAGUUUAUAGUUGGUUUAGUGCGACAUGGCGCGGUAUUUGAGACCACCAAACACUUCUCUUUUCAUCAGGAAUAUUUCUGAUGAAAGCAGGCCAGAGGAUUUGCGUCGUGAGUUUGGUCGUUACGGCCCUAUUGUAGAUGUCUACAUUCCCGUUGACUUCUAUUCCCGUCGGCCAAGAGGAUUUGCAUACAUUCAGUUUGAGGAUGUCCGCGACGCCGAAGACGCUCUUCACAACCUGGAUCGGAAAUGGGUUUGCGGACGGCAGAUUGAGAUCCAGUUUGCGCAAGGAGACAGGAAAACCCCGAGUCAAAUGAGGUCCAAAGAAAGGCGUUCUCCUCGCAGCUUUUCCAGAUACGACGACUAUGAGCGCGAUGGCCGUUACCGGCGCUCUCGGAGUCGCAGCUAUGACAGGCGGCGCUCUCGGAGUCCAUCGUACGAGCGCAGACCUCGCCGUUCUGAUAGUCCCAGAGACUCCCGCUCUUACAGCAGGUACAGGCGAAGCAGAAGCCGUGACAAUGACAGGUCAAGGCAUGGCCGAGGACGCCGUGGCGCUCCCUCUCGCAGCCAUUCAGGUUCGCGCUCCCCUUCCCCUGAUGCCAGGAUCAAGACAAAAAGCAGGAAGUCUCGUUCAGGGUCUCGUUCGCCCCGUCAAGCUGCUGGCGAAGACGCACCACAGUCCAGCGGUGCACGCGAGGACGAGGACACCCGUGCCAGAUCAGCUUCUCGUUCCUGCUCUCGCUCAGUCUCGCGCUCCCGUUCACGCUCCAGAUCCUGGGCCGGACGCAAAUCCGGUGGCCAUUAGGACUUUUUUUGUGUGUGUGUGUGUGAGAGAGAGAGAGAGAUGACCAGAGUUGUUUAAUACUGUCACCUGUGCAGCUCUCUGGCAAACUGAUCAUGUAAAGGCCAUUUGUUUCGGUUAGUUUGCAGGUUUGCCUGGAGAAAACGUGAUUGUCUCCCUCCCUCCUUUUCUGCAGUAUGUUUCAGGAUGAGUGGAUGUUUGUUAAACACCACACUGCGUUAUUACAGAUUUAAUAAUCAAAUGUGAGAUUCGGUGUUUUUUAUAGUUCACGGUUGGUUUUUGUUGUUCAGCUUGAGUCAGUGAAAAGGCUGGGGUUUAACCGGCCACCAAAAAGUGUCUAGUAUAUGCCUUUGAUCAAAAAAGGAUGCAGGUUUAUACUGAAUAUAUUCUUGUAUUUCAUUUAGAUAUAGAGUUAGCAGACUAGACAUUGUAGAGAGUGCAGUAUUCAGUGUAUCAGAUAUGAAUUUUUUUUGCUUUGUACAAAUCUUAUUUUAAUCUAGCAUAGCUAACCUGGACAUCUAGCCAUGACUCCUCUCCAACUAUCUUAAACGUCUUGUUGUUCCUCAGUUGUCUUCCAGCAGAAUAAACAUGUCCUUCCUCCCUCUCUUUUAAAAAAAACUUUUGGUAAAUGCUUUGAGUUUAUUUGGUUGUUGCUGAACCUACAGCAAUCUUACUCUUCAUGCUGGAAAGAGAGGGUGCUCCUGUGUGAAUAAAAACGUACACUUUGUUUAAAACAA